UAUCUAUUUAUCCAGUUUUUAUUUUUACACUGAACUAUUCCUUUAAACACAGUUGAUAUAUUGAGUAUCAAUGGGCAUUGGUGGUCCAAGCAAACUAUUAAUGUGGUUUUGGUACCAGUGCCUCUUGCUGUAUAUAUAAAGUGAGAAGCAGCAAUCACUGGCACAAACACACAACAGCAGCAGAUUAUUUUCAUCCUCUACAACCCAUUCAUAUGUCAUCCUAUUUUUCACUUUUCAAUUUAAUCCCUCCAAAUGAAUAUCCCACCUCUUACUCUUCCUAAUUCAUAUACAAUUUCCCCAAUAGAUAUAAAUCCCACUUUAUUAAUUUGACAUAUGUCCCUAUCCUCUAAUUAAUAUCCUAUCUUCCUCGCCCCCAGUGUCUUCACCAGGCCUUCAUCUUCCCACAAUUCCUAUGCCACUGACUUUUACCUCUUCCCCUUGUUUGUCAAAGAUGCUUGUCUCCUCCUCAGUCUGUAUGUCAUAUAUUCCUGUCCCCUUAAGCUCCAGUGAUGUCUCGCCCUAUCCUGAUCUCUUGUCCUGGCUUUAUUUCCCUGUCCUGCCUGCUCUCUCAGCCACACUGCUAUUUGUAAGGUUUCAUAGAUGGUUAUGGAUCUGGCAGGGCUUCUCGGUGUGAGAGGAAGACUAGGGAGAGGUAAAAGAAGGGUUAAUAUUUGAGGGGGGUAGUGAGAGUAAGAGAGAAGGAACUGGCUUGGGGGAGGUGAUGUGAGGUCCCAUUAUAAUCAAUCAGAAAUCCGUCUGCCACUCCACUUCCCCAAGCUCGUAUUGGCAGAGGGCCCAAAAUAGCCGAUUUGCAGUGGUGCAGGGCUCGUCCCCAGGAUACACUGCUGUGCUGCUACCCGGCUGCUCUGGGGCAGGAUCGGCUUCCGUUGUGCGUGACCCACCAAAGUUCGCUACAUAUUGGGUGUCUCAUUUAAAUUAUAAAAGGGGGUGCGGUAUCACUUCGUUGUGGGGAGGGCUUCUGGCAGCUUUUCUGGGUACCAGAUCGCAUCCCUAUUAGCACACACUGACACUGACGCUUAUUUAGAGCAGCAAGGGCUUGUGCGGAUGCCGCUGAUCUCAUAAGUGUAGCUGGGGCUUCUCUACAGAACGCAUUUUAGGACAUUGUCAGGGGAAUGCGUUUGGUACUUCUCUGCACACCCCCAUAAGAGUGAUCAUUAGCUGGGCGCUCCCUUGGAAUAUGAUCCCACUCACAGCCGGUCCCCGAGGCACAGUAUGGUGACAUCAGCUGAGCACAAAGAGGAAGCGGAGAGCAGCGUCUGAGGGAGGGGAUCUAAGUGUUCCGUGUGAGGCUGCCGCCUCCUCCUCCUACAUCCCAAUCUGUGCUCAUCUCACUGGCAUCCCCUGCCCGCUCCCUCGCACCUUCCGUCGUCUCCCUUUAUUCAUGCAUCACUCGGGGUGCAGGGGACGAGGGCAGCCCACAGUAUGCACUGGGGUGUUGGUCUAGUCUCGUCCAGAUCGUGUGUGCUGGAUCUGAGCCGGAAUCAGACGUUGUCUCUGUGCUGGUGCUGGGGGUCGGAGGAGCAUUGCUCUGUUUAUGGGGACAUCGUCGCUUUCCCAUUGCAGGAUUACGGAGGCGUUAUGUCAGGGCUGGGAUCCGAUUCCUGGUGGAAGAAAACCCUAUAUCUAACUGGGGGAGCCCUACUGGCUGCUGCUGCAUAUCUCCUUCAUGAACUACUGGCAAUCAGGAAAGAGCAAGAGGUGGAUUCUAAAGACGCUAUUAUUCUUCAUCAGUUUUCCAGACCAAACAAUGGGGUUCCCAGUUUAUCUCCAUUUUGCCUGAAAAUGGAAACUUACUUAAGAAUGGCCGAUUUACCAUAUCAGAAUUACUUUGAUGGGAAGCUGUCACCUCAGGGGAAAAUGCCUUGGAUAGAAUACAAUCACAAGAGAGUAUCUGGCACUGAAUUCAUUAUUGACUUUUUGGAAGAGAAACUUGGUGCUAACUUGAACAAACAUCUUAGUCCACACCAAAGAGCUGUAUCCAGAGCCUUCACCAAAAUGGUGGAAGAACACUUUUACUGGACUUUAGCAUAUUGUCAGUGGGUAGAGAAUCUUGAUGAAACACAGAAAAUGCUAAACAUUACUGGACCUCUUAGUGACUUACUGAAGUGGAUUCUGUGCCACCUUACCAAAGGAAUAGUGAAACGGGAAAUGUAUGGACAAGGCAUAGGGCGCUUCUCUGAAGAAGAAAUAUACAGUUUAAUGGAGAAAGACAUGCGAUCUCUUGCUGGACUUCUAGGAGAUAAAAAGUACCUCAUGGGACCAAAGUUCUCAACCUUAGAUGCCACGGUCUUUGGGCAUUUGGCACAAGCAAUGUGGACCUUACCAGGAACAAGACCUGAAAGAUUAAUUAAAGGAGAACUUAUCAACCUCGCAAUGUAUUGUGAAAGAAUCAGAAGGAAAUUUUGGCCAGAAUGGCACGAUGACAAUGACAACACAACGUAUGAAUCAGAUGACAGCGGAGAGGACAGCAAAACUCAUACUCCGUUCCAGGACUUCAGUUAUUAUUCAAGGACUGGUACCUUCGAAGACGACGGAAACAGUAUUUCCCAAACUCCUGACACAGAUUUCACAGGACAUUCGCUCUUUGACUCCGAUGUAGACAUGGAUGAGUUUACAGAUCAUGAGCAAUGCAAGUGACACACACCAAAACUCUGCUCUGAGUGCUUCUACAGGAUUAAGAGCCUCAGUGCUAAAUUCUGCACAUACUUCAUACAGGCUAGUUUAGUUAGAAUAAAUAAUUCAGGUUUUGCACAUAUCGUUGGCCUAAACAAGCCUUAUGCCUGGGAGACAGGUUUAACUACAAGAAAUAGAAGUCUGUUUAGCAGAGGGUGGUACAAUGGUAGCCAUUUAGUGGAGCAGGGGGGGUUCUGGGUUUGGGGAGUUUCGUUUUGACAAAAAGUAAAAUGUGAAGAUGUUAAAACUAGUAAAAACUCUGCAUUAUUGGGAGUAAAUUUAAUACAUUUGCUCUUGUGCACAAUUGAUGAAACACAUUACUCACAGAGGGGCAUUUGUGCAUCAACCCCCACUUGUUAUAAAAGGCAUUGAGUUUGCCCUUGUGACAACCAAUAAGAAGUUUGCUUUUAAAUAGGUGACCAGUAAAUGCUUCCUAUGGAUUCAUUGCUAUUGGUUACUGCACUAGGGCAAACUUAGUGCCUUUUAUUACAUAUGGAGAUAUGUCUGAUGAAGAGACCUUGGUAUUCUCAACAACUUAUUCCUAUUCAGACAUUAAAGGCAAAAGGUAAAAGGCAUUUUACAAAUUAUAUUUUUGUAAGAUUUAGACAGAACCAUUUUAAGAAAAUUCUAUGCAGUUUUUUUUUAUUUCACUUUUUGUUCAGCAUCUUCCACCUUCUGAAAUGAUGUUUUCUGCUUGUAAGGGCCACACUUAGCUCAGAAACCAGGGAAUAUAAUGGGGGUUAUUUAUUGAAGUCUGAUUUUUCAAGUCUGACUUUUAAAGGUAAAAAACCUACAUU